CAGUUCACACUUGUAUUGCUCGCUUCCAGUGCGCGGGGCCGGCGGAACCGGGCUGUGGCUGGGCAGGGACUUGAGGAAACUUGUGGGGGGAGGAGAGAGCGAGCGAGCCUGUGCUGGGGGGGCGCUGCGGUCUCUCCCUGCUGCUGCUGGGAGGAGGAGGAGGAGGAGGAAGGCUCGGGCUCCGCUCAGGAGGAGAAGCAGCAGCCGCCGGAAAGGAAGAGGCAGGAGAGAGGCAUUUGGAGCCCCCUAAAGUGCCCCCCGCCCCUGCACUGCAGGCGACAUUUCCAGCUUCAUGGGCAAAGUGUGGAAACAGCAGAUGUACCCCCAGUACACCACCUACUACUACCCCCAGUAUCUGCAGGCGAAGCCGUCCAUUGUACCAUCCCACCCAAUGGCUCCUCCUAGUCCCAGCACCACCAGCAGUAAUAACAACAGCAGUAGCAGCAGCAACUCAGGUUGGGAUCAAUUAAGUAAAACAAACCUUUACAUAAGAGGACUGCCUCCAAACACCACUGACCAGGACCUGGUAAAACUAUGCCAACCAUAUGGGAAAAUUGUAUCCACAAAGGCUAUUUUGGAUAAGACGACAAACAAAUGCAAAGGUUAUGGUUUUGUAGAUUUUGACAGCCCAGCAGCUGCUCAGAAGGCUGUUUCCGCUCUGAAGGCUAGCGGAGUCCAAGCACAGAUGGCAAAGCAACAAGAACAAGAUCCAACUAACUUAUAUAUUUCCAAUUUGCCGCUGUCAAUGGACGAGCAGGAGCUUGAGAAUAUGCUUAAGCCAUUUGGGCAAGUUAUCUCUACAAGGAUACUUCGUGAUUCCAGUGGCACAAGUCGUGGUGUUGGCUUUGCAAGGAUGGAAUCAACAGAAAAAUGUGAAGCAGUGAUUGCUCAUUUUAAUGGCAAAUUCAUUAAGACGCCACCGGGAGUUUCUGCUCCUGCAGAACCUUUAUUGUGCAAAUUUGCAGAUGGAGGACAGAAAAAGAGACAGAAUCAGAACAAAUAUAUACAGAACGGGAGAGCGUGGCAUAGAGAAGGCGAGGUGAGAUUUGCUGGAAUGACGCUUACUUACGAUCCAACUACAGCUGCUUUACAAAAUGGAUUUUAUCCUUCACCAUACAGUAUUGCAACAAACAGGAUGAUCACUCAAACAUCUAUUACGCCAUAUAUUGCUUCUCCAGUUUCUACGUACCAGGUUCAGAGUCCUUCUUGGAUGCAACCUCAACCAUAUAUAAUGCAGCACCCUGGUGCUGUAUUGACUCCCUCCAUGGACCACACCAUGUCACUACAGCCUGCAUCAAUGAUAAACCCUCUGACACAACAGAUGAGUCACCUUUCAUUAGGCAGUACUGGAACAUACAUGCCAGCCACAACAGCUAUGCAAGGAGCCUACAUACCCCAGUAUACACAUGUUCAGACAGCAGCUGUUCCUGUUGAGGAAGCUAGUGGUCAACAGCAGGUUACAGUAGAGACGUCCAGUGACCAUUCUCCAUAUACGUAUCAGCAAAACAAGUAACUGAGAUAUCCAGUGUUGACCUUGCCUGGAGAAGGGUGCAAAGGCUGAAACAAUCAUGGAUUUUACUGAUCAAUUGUGCUUUAGGAAUUAUUGACAGUUUUGCACAGGUUCUUGAAAACAUUAUUUAUAAUGAAAUCAACUAAAACUAUUUUUGCUAUAAGUUCUAUAAGGUGCAUAAAAAUCCUUAAAUUCAUCUAGUAGCUGUUCCUGUGAACAGGUUUAUUUUAGUAAGAAAAUUUUUAUCAAGUGUUAUGACGCAAUUUUUUUUUUCAAAUUUCUGGGUAUGCACAGAUGACCACGAAGACUUAUUCACGUGCAUGGCAGAAUUUGUAUUUUGUUUUUUUGUUUGUUUGUUUUUGUUUUGUUUUUUUGUUUUGUUUUGUUUUUUUAUUGUAUGAAAUGGGUUUUCUGAAGUUUAAAAUAGUAAAACAUCUAAAAUGAUGAUCUGUGCUUGCAGUGUGUGAGUGUUGCUACAGUGCAGUGUUGCAGUUAGUGUCUGUUCUCUUAGCUUUCUGUUUUUCUUUUAAUGUAGUGUGAAGUGUCUUAUCCUUUUCUAUAAAUUCCAAUUUGCCUUAAAUCUUUCAUGCUGUAGCUGUUUCAGUAAGUAGUCCAAACUAAUGGUGUAGAAUGCUUUGACCAAAUGAGCUGGUCUAUUAUGCCUUGUAAAACAGCAGCAUAGGGCUUUUAAAAGGUAGUCAGUAAAAAUUGCUGAAAAUUUGGCUUUUUUUAAUGUGUGGUAGGUGUUUUUAAUGAUUUUUUUUCACAUAAUAUGUAAGGUAGUGAAAUGCAAGAGGGGAAAAAUGUUUUGUGUGAAACACAUUUUCUGACUGGGGAAAUUUUAAUAGGAUAAAUUGUUUGUAAGGCCAUAUGCCAAUAGUUUCCUCUGAUAGUUUGAAUGAUUUAGGAACUCUGCUGUAUGAUGCAAUGUAAAAUCUUUUUUUGCCUUUUUUCAGAAACUAACUUGAUGUUCUAGUUUUAGUGUAGGUAGAGGGGGAAGUUUGGGGUGGGAAUAUCACAGAAUGUUUUUGUCCUUCCUUUAUACUAAUGAUAGUGCUUUAGAAUGAUGAUUGUGCUGAGACCUAGCAAACAGAAAAUUUGCUAUUACAGCAAAAUGGCAAAAGCUAAGGACUUGUUUGCAAACAUAAGCUGAGAUGUAAGUAGACGCAUAAUUGAUUGGGUACUAGCUCUCUAUAGUAGGUAAAUAAAAAUAAAAAGACUUGGCACUUUUAAAGGUAACUUUACCAAAGAACAAAGAGCCAGUAACCAAUAAUUCUGAUUUGUCUCAGCAUUACGUCUUCUGUACUCUUUAUUUUUGCCGGACCAGUUUGCGGUUAGGAGAAUGUGCCUUUUUUUGUACAUUUGCAUUUAGGUUUUAUAAUUUUAAUUGAUGUAUGGACACAAAAAGCAUGAAGGAAGAUUUGGAUCCAAGCAGUGCCACACUUUACAUCAUCACUACAAGUGUUAAGUGUAAAGAAAACCAAUUUUGAAACUAUGAAAUUCCUGAUUCAUAAAUACACAGUUAUUUGUAUUUUUACGUAUUAGAUAAUUCACUGCUAUUAAGCUCUUUUAUUACAAUGGCAUAUGUUUUAAAUCAAAUGAUAAAUUAAGUUGUCUUCCAAAACUGUGUACUUGUCUGGUCAGCUGUAUAUGAUCAGUUAUCUACCUCAAAGUUUAUUUCUUUUUGUACUGGGACAGGUUGCUGGCCCUCCCUGUUUCCACAGACCAAAUCAUCCUAGCUCCGGAGCUAGGGCUAAGCAGUUACUUCAUUCAAGUAUUUUUUAGUUUUUAAAUUGUGUGAGUAUUGGAGUAUAGAUGUCGGUGACAUUUCAUAGUUUCAAAAGUAAAUUGCUGCUCUGAGAAGUGUAGAUUCUAGUGAAUUACAUAGUCAUAAGAGAUGUUUGUUUUUUCUUUUUUUUUUAAAAAAAGUUGUGGUAUUAUUGGUUCUAGGCUCCCUGGAAUAUUACUGCUUUGUAAAAGUCCAGACUUCCUGCAGCACCUUCCCUGUAUUUGGUAUAUUGCCAUUCUUGGAUCUCUCACUACUUGAUAUUUUUUGCAUUCGUUAAAAUUGCAAUAUAAUAGCUGUGUUAGAGGGAGGGAAGAGCUGCUGCUAGAAACGUCUGAACUAAGUGCCAUACUCAUUGUCUGGGUAAGAUUUGGGAAAUUUAACCUCUGUACAUAAAGAAAUAAUCAGUUACUUAAACAUCACAUAGUAGACAGCCAUUAAAUUAUAAAAAAAAAUUAAUUUAUGAAGAAAGACCUUUUGUACAGAUUGAAAAAAAAAGAUUUUCAUAGAGAUAUCUAUAUGAUCAAGAGAGUUAAUUUUUUAUUUUUGUUUUUCUAGUGCCACAAACUUGCCAGUGGUAACUUAUUUGUCCGGUUCAAGAUAACUCUGUAGUUUUGUUUCCUAGGACUUGUUGUUAAACGCCAAAAGACAUUUUUGAACUGUACAUUUGAUUAGAUUGUUAGCUUUUUUCUGUUUUAUUUCUUUUGAAAACUUUUGAAUAAAAAAGAUUGAAAAAAUGAAAA